AUGUUCUCCAAAUUAUUCGCUCUCAUCACUACCCUGCACAUUCUCAGCAGACUUUCAUCUGUCAAUGCCAUCCCCUCCCCGCAACCAGGAAGUUCUUAUCUUUCCGUCCUCGAAGAUGUACGUCUAGAAGAACGAAACGAUACAUCCGAGCUAGUCACACGUCAAGGAGGCUACAACACCGGAAUCUGGAAGUUCACCAUGUACGGCUACCCCGACAGCUACAGCGCAGCCAUCGACUGCGAAUCAGCAGCCAGUCACAACCCUCCACAAGGCUCCAACACCAUCGCCUAUCCAGGCUGCAACCAUCUAGGUAACGCGCGAGGCAAAUACGCAGGAGGGGAUGGCUCAUACAACAACCCGCUCACGGCGGCAGCAUACCCUGGCAGCACGCCGAUUCCGAAGUGCGGGGUGUUCUUCGCGCCGUAUCUGAAUAAGUUCUUGAUUUUCGAGGAUUACUGUCCUAGUUGCUCUGGUAGUACGCCUCAUUUUGAUGUUUGGAUUGGUGGAGGGCCAAGUACCCCGAAUUCGGGGAGUGUUUGUCAGUGUGAGCUUACUUUGACUCCGCCAAGCUCUAAGGCGUAA